GAACCCCCCUCCCCCCACGAGCCGGAGUCUAAGUCCCCGUAAUCUUCGCGAGCUGCGCUCUUCCUCGGUCCGUACCGCCGACUUCGAGAGGCCGAGCGAGCGAGCAGAUCAUCAUCAGCAUCAUCAUCAGCAGCAGCAGCAGCAGCAGCCAGCAGCCAGCCAGCAAUGGCUCCAGGGACGGCGGCCGAGAAAUCAAAGCACGACUACCAAGGCGGAAAAGCUUUCGGGAAGUUGAAGGCGGCACAGGACAAUCGACUGGAGGUCAUCAACAAGGAAUUCCUGGAAGAUGAAUUUUAUCAAGAUGUGGACGAUCUCGCCGAAAAGCUGGAGCGCUACAAAGAAAAAUUUCUCGACUUCGACCUGAACGAUGAAGAAGAAAUUGACCUGAUGGCGCUGAAGAAGAUGCUGGAGCGCGUGGGCACGCCGCGCACCCACCUCGAGCUGAAGAAGAUCAUCGCCGAGGUGACGACGGGCAACAGCGACUGCAUCGGCUACCGCGACUUCCUGACGCUGAUGCUGGGCAAGCGGUCGGCCGUUCUCAAACUGAUUAUGCUGUUCGAGGGGAGGGGGUGCGAUGGAAAUCCCAAGCCGAGCGGUCCUCCUCCCAAGCGAGACUUGGCGAGCCUGCCCUAGAGCCCACGAUGGAUGGGGCCGUGAGACCGCUCGUCUGGACGUCGACAGGAGUGUGGCUUUAUCUUCUCCAAAUAUAUAAAAGGCAAAGUUGUGAAUAUGUGUCUGUUCAAAAUGUUUAGCGUACUUCCCGACAUGCAA